AUGGACGACCUUGACCAGGAGACGCUCAAGGUGAUCAUCGAGAUCCAGUUGAGAGAGGCUCAAGACUUGGUUAAGGGGAAACACCGUGAAGGGGAACAGCCCGAUACUGAGCUUGCAAUGCAACUCUAUUGUCAGGAGCUUGAGUCCCUAGCCACUGCAUGCUCUGACCAGGCCAUGAGUCGCAGCAUCGCUCAUGCAGUCUUGAUCGAUGGAGACAUAAUCAGAAACCAUCUUGAAGAAGAGCAGCAAGCUGUACGUGACCGAGAAUUUGCGAUGAAUCGCCAACCUUCGGCAGCAGCAGCGAGCACAGCCCCCCCGGAAACAGUUAUCGAAGAUGAAAUGAUUGAGAAGCUUGCAGCCCUCUACAUUGGUAUCGAUGAUGACCAAUACUCGACUGUCGGAGAGCCGUCAUCCAGGCGGGUCGAAAAAUCGUCCUCAACCAUUGAAACGCGGCGAUGUCUCGCCUGUAUGGCGGAUGUUCCAUUCUUUGAGACGAUUCAAUGUCCAUGCUCACACGAAUACUGUCGCGAAUGCAUAGCGAAGUUAUUCAACGCAGCCAUAGGCGAUGAAUCCCUCUUUCCUCCUCGUUGCUGUGGCCAACCAAUACCUCUUGGCAUCAAUCAGAUCUUUCUUCCUGCAGAGUUGGUUGGAGAAUAUCGUGCAAAGGAAUUGGAGUACGGUACGCCGAAUCGAACGUACUGCCAUCAGCCUGCUUGUUCCGCCUUUAUUCCUUCGCAGUUUAUUCAAGGAGACGUAGCAACAUGCAUAAAAUGUCGCAGUGAGACUUGCACUAUUUGCAAGGGCCAAUCUCAUGACGAUCAUUGUCCUGAAGAUGCGGCAACAUUGGAAGUUCUCCGUAUUGCGAAGGAGAAUGGAUGGCAGAGAUGCUACUCAUGCCACAGACUUGUUGACUUGAGCACAGGAUGCAACCAUAUAACCUGCCGCUGUGGUGCACAGUUCUGCUAUGUUUGUGGAGCACAGUGGAAAACCUGUAGAUGCGAUCAAUGGGAUGAAAACCGGUUGAUCGAUCGAGCAAAUGUUCUCGUUGAUCGAGAUGCAGACGGACAACAACUAGGAGGAGCACGGCGUGCUGCUCUUGUGCAACGCGCAAGAAACCACUUGGUUCGUAACCACCAGUGCACGCAUCGGAACUGGACAUCUCGCCGGGGCGCAUUUCGAUGCGACGAGUGUCAUGAACAGAUGCCGGACUACAUCUUCGAAUGCCAAAAUUGUUCGAUUCAUGCUUGCCGAAGGUGCCGAUUCAAUCGUCUUUGA